GACAGGACAAGGCAGGAAGCAGACUGAACUGAGUCACAAGAACACAGACAGACAAAGUGAUAAAGAUAUAGACUGAACUGACUGUGGUCUUAUAUAUAUUUAUAUUAUAUAUAGGUUCUUUACCAUUUCUUUGGACCAUACACAUUCUGUGUGCCCACUUCUGCCCACAGAAGCUGCCCAGCUGGAAUGCAUAGGUCUGAGUCGAGUUAUUGCACAGAGGAGAAUUCUCAGGGUCAGGGGGGCGGCAGUUCAUGGGUCCCUCCUCCAGCCACUACCUUUGAGCCUGGCCUGACCUCCAGCUCUCCUACGGCCUCGGACAGUCCUGCCCCCAGCCCUCAACCCGGGUAUGGCUACAGCACCUGCGAUGAAAAGCCUGGAGACCCCCGGAUCAGACGCCCCAUGAAUGCGUUCAUGGUAUGGGCAAAAGAUGAAAGGAAGAGGCUAGCACAGCAGAACCCAGACCUACAUAAUGCUGUCCUGAGCAAGAUGCUGGGUCAGUCAUGGAAGAGCCUAAGUUGUGCUGACAAGCGCCCCUUUGUGGAGGAGGCAGAGCGGCUGAGGGUCCAGCACCUACAGGAUCACCCAAACUACAAAUACCGUCCACGCAGAAAGAAGCAAGCCAAGAAGAUGAAGCGUGUGGACUCAAAUUCACUUAUGAGAAGCGAGCGUUAUACAGGAAGCCUCCCCAACACACACCUUGCUCACUUUCGGGAACUGCACCCCCUGGGUUCAUCUGAGUUGGAGAGCUAUGGGCUGCCCACCCCGGAGAUGUCCCCACUUGAAGUCCUGGAGCAGAAUGAGCCAGCCUUUUUCCCUACUCAUAUACGGGAAGACCCCGACUCAUUAGUCUUCAGGCCCUAUCAGUCAACUUUGGACUUUGGGCAGGAGAAGACCUUGAGAGAGUUAUCACUGCCAUAUACUCCUUCACCAACAAAUAUGGCCAAUGUGCUUAGGACUACUCCGUCCUCUACCUUUUACUAUGGCCCUCAAGGAAGUCUCACAGCUUGUGCUCCCUUGGGUCAGCUCUCCCCUCCACCUGAGGUACCUCAGCUGGACCCCAUAGAGAAUCUUAGUCAUAACGACCUGUGGGCAGAUGUUGAUCGCAAUGAGUUUGACCAGUACCUGAACAUGAGUAGGACUCAGGUGGCUGUCCCUAUGUAUCACUUACCAACAUCCAAGAUAGGCACUGCAAGAACUAUACCCUGUGAAGAGAGCAGCCUUAUCUCUGCUCUCUCUGAUGCCAGCACUGCUAUGUACUACGGUCCCUGCAUCACUGGGUAGAGGGUACAGUGUAGCGGCCGGUGCAGUAGUGACAGUUUGGCACUGAUGUGUGUACAGUCUAUGUGAAGUGGUCAGAAUAUGUCAGGGAAUUAAUAGGAGAGCACUAAAGGUGCAGUAUCACCAAACAGAAAAGUAAUAUCCACACAGUAACAGAAGAACGAGAGUAAAUUUCAAAAACAUAAUCUAGACACAUAUACAGAAAUGUCACUUCAUAUGCACACCAAUUCUGUUGGUAGACACAGAUUGUACAGAUAGACCAAACACUACACAUAUAUAGGCAAUGCACACAUUCAGUUUGCACAGACACAAAAAAUACAAACACAUGAUACAUACAUUACACAAAUAUACAUGAUACAGACUCAUUUACAUAUACACUAAACUCAUGAAGAGCAAUCAACAUUGUGUAAAUAAAAGCAUAUACUGCACUUAGGCGCUGUACAUGCACACACUGCGCACAAGCACACAAACUAUACACAAACAAUUGUUGCAUGUGUCAGUCAAGAAGAUAAAGGUUGUCUGUUACCUUUUGCCUGAUUGGGACUGCACCUCUAAAGACCCAGCUGGUACAUAAUUGACCUUGUUUCCUGCCAAGUGAUAGAUCAAUUAUCUAUUUAACCCCUUUAUUGACAUCAGAAUGCUGACUUUUAAUAAUUAAUUCUGCAAAGUAAUGUGUAACAUUAAAAAGUUUAAGAGCCCCUUUUUGGUAGAAAUGGGUUAACUGGCACAGUGCCAGGGAGACACAUGAAAACAGUCUGAAGCCUCGUCCUGCCCAAAGCUCACCUGACACACCGGACUGUCACCCAUUAUAAUAAUAAUGUAGCCACUUGUAGCAAAUCCCAUACUCAACUUCUGAGGACCCCAAAAAGAUACCAUACUUCCUAGGAACCCAUAAACACCUUAGCAACUCUCCCUUCUCCUGAGAUUCCUUUUAAAGGGACAUUCCAGUCAAAAUGUAAAUGCACACAGAUGAAUUACAUCUUCGAAUAGAAACAUAUUUGCAAGAUACAUAGUGUCAAAAAUGCUUCUAUUAAAAGUUAUAACUGUUUUAGUGUUAGAAUUUUCUCUGCACGUGCAUGUGAAGCAUAGCUAGAUAUUCUCAGUGCACCAGAAUUUUAAAUACUACAGCUGCUCAGAGCACCAGUAAGGCUUGUGUCAUGUCAGCAAUCAACAUAUUGAGUCAUUACCAGAUGGUACAAGCACCUUAAGCUCACUGAGCAAGUAAUGUGUUUAAAAUGCUGGUGCACGGUGCAUACUUAAAUACACUUUUGAAACAGCUAUAGCUUUUAUUAGAAGCAUUUUUGAUAACACAUGAAUAUUACAAAAAUGCUUCUGUUCAAUACUGAAAUGCAUCCAUGCAGAUUCCAAUUUUGUCUGGAAAGUCCCAUUAAACCCCUCUCCUGACAAAGCCAAGUCGGAGUCCCUCCACAAGCCACUCUCUUUGUCCUUAAAUGACCACUUCCCCUGGUUUACUGCAAAUCCUGAUAACUAUCCCUGCGCUCUGACCACUAACUACAUAACUAGAACUACCUUGACAUCUGCUUUAGUACCCUAUUGCUUGUUUCUAUAAUCACUAUUUACCCCUUGUUCCAAGACAACAUUAAGUGACCCAGUUUACUACCUACCUGCACUCUGCGCUGGCCGCUCCUGGUACAGCCUCUUGCCUGCCUGGUUAUAUAUACUAUAUUUCACAUUUCUUUCUGACACAGACAGGCUAAUUGUGAUUUGUUGUAUUCUGUUGUGUUUUAAUUCUUACAAUUGAUUAUUUUCUCUUUUAUAUGGCCUUUUUAUAAGAAAAUGCAAAUGAUGUUUUAAAAAGUAAAUGAGAUGUAUGAAAAGCUGCCAUUUUUAUUUCUGCUCAUGCAAAGUAUUCUUCUGUACUAGUGACACAUACUUCUACAGAUCUACAAUCUAAAACUCAGAGACUCACAGACCAAUACCUUGGGAAUUCCGAAGAUGGUGAGGUGCCAUAAAAGUAUAUUUUACAGGAAAUAAAAAGUAUUCAUAGCAAACAGAAGUAAAAAAGUAGUAUUUUUUAGAUUCAGACCAAAGGGAGAGCUUGUAACACUGCAGGGUUGUUUUUAAUUCAUUGUACUUUUUACUAUGCUUAGGUGGUUUAAUUCUGUGCCUUUAACAACCAUUUUAGUAAGUUCUUAUUUGUGCCCGUUGGCUCUUUAGGGGCCUGUUUUAAUAAUUAAUUGUAAAAUUCAAUUUUACAGUAUGUUUUUCACAAGAUUGUCUUCAUUUUAAUCCGUAUCAACAUCGGGAGGAAAUAAUAUUAAAAUUUGUGUUACAGAUAGUGAAACUCUAGCUAUGAGAAUCCUCACAAAGUGUGCAGCAAGAGAGUGUUGCUUGUUCACUGAAGUGAGUGUUUAUGCCUACACAUAGGAGUUAGAACCUUCCCCCCCCCAUGAGUAUAGUUGCAUUUAAAAUACAAUUAUUUAAUUUGUGCUGCCAAGUUAAAUCAAUAAGCUGCACACGUUGAUUUGUUGAUUUCAACAGCAGGUAGCUUGCUUGACCUUCCUAAAUUCAUUAGCUGUCUUCAUUCUUCAAUGAAUGUAUUUCAUCUUAAAGGGACAGUAUACACUCAUUUUCAUAUAACUGCAUGUAAUAGACACUACUAUUAAGAAUAAGAUGCACAGAUACUGAUAUAAAAAUCCAGUAUAAAACUGUUUAAAAACUUACUUAGAAGCUCUCAAUUUAGCUCUGUUGAAAAGGUAGUUGGAAAGCCCACUGCAAGUGGGAAAUAAGACACUCCCCCCUCCCCCUUCUUUUGCAUAUGAAUAGACCCUUUACACAAACAGGAGCAAGCUGGAGAAGGUAGCUGACGGUAUUCACAUAAAACUUUGGGGCUUGGUUAAGAGUCUGAAAAUCAGAGCAAUGUUAUUAAAAAAUAAGCAAAACUAUACAUUUUUUUUAAAAAAAAAACCUUUAUGGGCUAUAUAAAUAGAUCAUCUACAAAACAUUUAUGCAAAGAAAAAAAAUGAGUGUAUAAUGUCCCUUUAAACCCUGCUCCUAAAGACUAGUAACACAUGGUGAUCUGAGUUUUUGUCCACCUACUGUAUUUGUACUCCACUGAAACUAAACUAGUCCCUUUCAAGCUAAAAUGUGAUGUUUGCUGAAGUGAAUUGUACCUUCCAUUUUAUACUAGACCCAUUCAGUUAGGAGAUCUAUUCAACAGAAACAUUGUUUUCCUCUUCCCCCCUAACAGGACAGAGGUCAGGUCCCAUCUCUGCUACAGCUUUUACAUUUAGGGAAAGUGUAUUAAUGAUUCAUCAACGCUGGAAAUGGCGCAGUCCGUGGAUGUUUCACGCAGUGCAGCCUUUUGCCCAGGUAUCAUGUAUAUGUGUUUGCAUGUGAGUUCUUGUGAUAUACCACGAGUGCGUCCAUGUACUAACAAAACUCAACUGUCCGCCAGGGAGACGCAGGUGUCCCUAACCUGGCACAGUGUGUACCAUGCGUUAAUGUAAUAGGGAAACGCACCUCCACAAAUGAGUGAGUACAGUAUGAGAAUAAAGUGUUUCACAGGA